UAAGCUUACCUACUGGGCGUGUUCGAAGUGUUCAUACGCUCCUAGGUACUUUAUUUGAUAUCACAAUUAUAGUCUCCCUCUGUUCCUAGAAAUCUCCGGUUCUUUCUUCGUGACCAAGAUUCAGGUGGAUAAAGUGAUAAAUAAGAUGGGAUGCCAUGCAGCACAAAGCAACAAUACAGAUUGUGAUUCUCCAAAAGAAUGUGUGGCAGAUGAAAUAAAAAGUGACAAAGAAUUUUCCUCUAAUGAAGAGGCCAGUUCAGAAAUCUUGAGAAUUUGUUCUUGUGUUGGGGGCAAAGUUGGAAUUUUGAAAAAAAAGCUUCUUGUUCUUGAUAUUAAUGGAUUGCUUGUGGAUUUGGUUUAUCCUCCUCCAAAUGAUCAAAAUCCAGAUACAAUUAUUAGAGGGGUAGCAGUAUUCAAGAGGCCUUUUUAUCUGGAUUUUCUUAAAUUCUGCUUUGAGAGAUUUGAAGUUAGUAUAUGGUCUUCAAGAUCAAGGAGAAAUGUUGAACCAAUUGUUGAGUAUUUGAUGGGAGAAAUGAAAAACAAGUUGUUAUUCUGUUGGGACUAUUCUCAUUGUACUGGAACAAGCUUCAAAACAUUUGAAGAUAGUCACAAGGAGCUGCAGUUUAAGGAUAUGAAGAAAGUUUGGGAUAAGCAGUUCCCUAAUCUUCCUUGGGAUAAAGGAUAUUACAAUGAAUCAAACACAUUAUUAUUGGAUGAUUCUCCCUACAAAGCAUUGCUUAAUCCUGUAAUUAAACAAACUCUUUAUAAUUAAGCAGAAUUUCUUUAUCAUCAAUAUUAUUAUAAUAAUGUCAAAAUCUGAUUUAACAUUUGAAA